UGUCAAAUCUUUCCAACUGUUUUCAUGUGGACCUACACGUUGCACUUUAGUUAACAACAAAUUUUUUAUUUAAAAGUAUAAAAAUAAGAAUUUUGUAUAAAGUUAAGAACCUUAUACUGUCCAUUUUAGCUUAAAGAAUUGGUUUACGUUUUGGGCAGCGAAAUGGCUAAUGUUGAACGCAAAGGAACCUUCAAGGUUGAAUACCUGCAAAAAAUCGAAGAAGCAGUGCAACAACGAUGGGAAAACGAACGCCUACACGAAACCGAUGCUCCUCUUGAGCCAAGAAAAUCUUUGGAUGAGAAAUUCAUGGUUACCUUUCCGUUUCCCUAUAUGAACGGUCGCUUGCAUUUGGGUCACACGUUUUCUUUGUCAAAGGCCGAAUAUGCCAUACGCUAUCAUCGCCUUAAAGGCAAGCGGGUAUUGUGGCCAUUUGGUUUUCAUUGCACCGGCAUGCCCAUAAAGGCCUGCGCCGACAAGCUUAAGCGCGAAAUGGAAGAUUUUGGAUAUCCCCCAAAUUUUCCAGCAGCCUCAACAGAAGUCGUGGUUGAGGUUGCCCAGCCAGAGGUGCCCAAGGAUAAAUCGAAGGGCAAAAAGAGUAAAGCGGUGGCUAAAACCGGUUCGGCUAAAUACCAAUGGCAAAUUAUGCAAAGUUUGGGUCUAAAGGAUGAGGAAAUCAAGGAAUUUGCCAAUGAAGAACAUUGGCUAAACUAUUUUCCACCUUUGGCUGUAAAGGAUUUGAAAAGAAUUGGAGUUCAUGUUGAUUGGCGGCGUACUUUUAUAACCACAGAUGCCAACCCUUUCUUUGAUUCUUUUGUACGUUGGCAAUUUGUGCAUUUGAAAAACCGUGGCAAGGUCAUGUAUGGCAAACGUUAUACCAUAUAUUCGCCCAAGGAUGGACAACCUUGCAUGGAUCACGAUCGUUCCACGGGCGAAGGUGUAGGUCCACAGGAGUAUACCUUGAUUAAGAUGAAGGUAUUGGAAAAUAAGGGAAAACUGAGUUCCAUCAAGUCAACGGUUUAUUUGGUUGCUGCCACCCUGAGACCUGAAACCAUGUAUGGUCAAACCAAUUGCUGGCUUCAUCCUGACAUCAAAUACAUAGCCUGGAAAACCACGCGUGAUGGAGAGGUAUGGAUAAGCACUCGCCGAGCCGCCCGCAACAUGUCCUAUCAAGGUUUUACCGCCACUGAGGGACAAGUUGAAGAAAUUCUUGAAUUGACUGGUCAAGACUUGUUGGGCACCCCUUUGUCUUCGCCUUUGACUAGCCACAAGGUGAUCUAUACCUUGCCCAUGUUAUCCAUUAAGGAGGACAAAGGUACUGGCGUGGUUACUUCAGUGCCCUCUGAUUCACCUGACGACUAUGCUGCCUUAGUAGAUUUACAAAAGAAAGAGGCCUUUAGACAAAAGUAUGAUCUCACAGAUGAAAUGGUUUUGCCUUACGAGCCAACUCCCAUCAUCGAAGUGCCCACCUUGGGUAACAUGUGUGCCAAGCAUGCCUACGAAAAAUUCAAAAUUCAAUCUCAGAAUGACAAAGACAAACUAACCGAAGCCAAGGAGUUGUGUUACCUCAAGGGUUUCUACGACGGCAUCAUGUUGGUGGGCGAGUUCAAAGGCAAAAAGGUGCAGGAUGUUAAGAAGGAUUUGCAAAAACAGUUGGUAGAUGCCAAAGAGGCUGACAUCUACUAUGAACCAGAGAAGGCUAUAAUUUCCCGCUCCGGAGACCAGUGUGUGGUGGCCUUGUGUAAUCAGUGGUAUUUGAAUUAUGGCGAACCCGUUUGGCAGGGACAAGCCAAAAAAAUUUUAUCCCAAAUGGAAACAUUCCACGAAGAGGCUAGAAACAACUUUGAACACUGCUUGAAUUGGUUACAUGAAUAUGCCUGUUCCCGCACCUAUGGUCUGGGCACUAAGCUUCCCUGGGAUGAGCAAUGGUUGAUAGAGUCUUUGUCUGACUCCACCAUUUAUAUGGCCUUUUAUACUGUUGUACAUUUACUGCAAGGCGGCUCCUUCAGGGGUGAACAGCCUAGUCCUAUGGGCAUUAAUCCGCAAGAUGUGACGCCCGAGGUCUGGGAUUACAUUUUCUUCAAGGAAACCGCCUACCCCAAAAAUUGCAAGAUUAAGAAGGCCGAUUUGGAUGUAAUGAGGCGUGAAUUCGAAUACUGGUAUCCCAUGGACUUAAGGGUAUCUGGCAAGGAUUUGAUACAAAACCAUUUGACAUUCAUGUUGUAUAACCAUGCUGCCAUUUGGCCCAAUGACGAGAAUAAAUGGCCCAAGGGAGUGCGUGUUAAUGGCCACUUGCUGCUAAAUUCAGCCAAAAUGUCCAAAUCGGAUGGCAAUUUCCUCACCUUGCAUGAAGCUGUCGAUAAAUUCUCUGCUGAUGGCAUGCGUUUGUGCUUGGCCGAUGCUGGUGACAGUGUCGAAGAUGCCAACUUUGUGGAAAGCACAGCGGAUGCUGGUAUUUUGCGUUUAUACACCUUCAUCGAAUGGGUGAGGGAAAUGUUGGCCGCCCGUCCUGCUAUGCGUAAAGAUGCCCAUCAGACAUUCAACGACAAAGUGUUUAUUAGUGAAAUGAACCUAAAGACCCAGCAAACCGACGAGUUCUACAAGAAAAUGCUUUUCAAGGAGGCACUACGUUCCGGUUUCUAUGAACUUCAACUGGCUCGCGAUAAGUAUCGUGAAUUGUGCGGUCUACAGGGAAUGCAUGCAGAUUUGGUAUUUGAAUUCAUACGCCGCCAAGCUUUGCUUAUGGCCCCCAUAUGUCCCCAUGUUGCUGAGCAUGUCUGGGGCUUACUGGGCAAUAAAACGUCUAUUCUACAUGCCACUUGGCCUGCGGUGGGAGCCAUUAAUGAAUUGGACAUCAAAUGUUCAGAAUAUCUGAUGGAAGCUGCUCAUGCAUUCCGUUUGAAUUUGAAGAAUCUGCUACAAGUCAAGGGCAAGGGUGGCAAGGAAAAAGCUGUUGACCCCUCGUCGGCUAAACCCAAUAGGGCAGUUGUUUGGGUAGCCAAAUCCUAUCCCCCAUGGCAAUCAUGUGUGUUGGACACCAUGAGGGAACUUUAUCUUCCCAAUAAUGCCCUGCCUGACAAUAAAGUCAUUCUAACCGCCUUGCAACAGAAGGAGGUGGUGAAAAAGUUUAUGAAACGUGUUAUGCCUUUUGCCCAAAUGAUACGCGAAAAAGUGGAAAGUGGCAAAGGCUUAUCAGCCAUGGCGGUGUCUUUAGAAUUCGAUGAACGUCAAGUGUUGCUAGACAACUUGGAGUAUUUGAAAAAUACCCUGGAUAUUGAAGCUUUAGAAAUAAAAUACACCGAUGACCCUGAGGCUCCCGAAAAGACCAGAGAAGAGGUGCGACCUGGUUCUCCAUUCAUAACAUUCACGGUGGCUCCUCAUGUGCCAGUUGUAUUUGUGAAUCCUGUUGAAAGGUCUAGCUUGUUCCAGGUUAAUGCUGUAGUGAGUGAGGGAGAAACGAGCAGGAGUUUAAAAGAAAAGCUAGCCAAGAUUUUGGGCUUUAAAGCCGACUUGUCUACCUUGAAAAUAUGGCGCUUUAAUGACCCCAUUAUGGGUCCCCGCAAACUGCCAGAAUUUCAGGAUUUCAAGAAUGGCAAAUCUAUUUUGACCGAAGGCUCCCUGGUGGUGGAUGUAGAGAAACAGAAUGUCGUUUUAAUUGAAGAAGGAAGUGGGACUUCCAUAUCUGUUGGCCGCCACUUUAUCUAUGUCGUAGACUAAACCAUUUACAGUUUCUCAUUUGCUUUCAUUUUUAUUUAAUUUUUUUUUCUCAUAUUUUCAUUAUGAAUUCGCAUUUUUUUAAGUUUGAAGUCACCCAAUUAUAUUUAUAAUAAUAAUAAAUAUGGAAUUUACUAUGCAAAGCAUAUUGGCCAUAAUA